ACCCCCGUAAUGUAAAAUUCGUUGUUUACGCUUUCAAACGAUUAAUUUAAAAUAGAACGCAUUUUGACAGCACUGAUGAAAUCAUCUGGUCUUACUGUUUGACCUUAUAAAUGGGCCUUACAUGACCUGUUAAAUGGGCUAUGUGUCUGACAAACCAAGAGAGUAAUCCCCCGCUCUAUUCAAUUUCAAAGAGAUCACACAAUUGAUAGUAACAGCCUGUGUUUACAUAAAGUUGUAGAUAAAAUAUCUGUGUGUAAAAGAAUUCUUAAACAAACAAAAACACAUUUAAUAUUUCUAUUAAAUUACAAAAAUAACUUGAAUUGCAUCCGGAUAAUAUUAAAGCAUUUGAAAAUCUUUAAGUGUAAACAAAGAAACCCAGCGAAGAAGAAAUGCAUAAAUUUGAUGAAAAUGCACCGCUCAAAAUCAGCAGCAGUGGUGGAUGUGCUGGUGCCAAUAAAUCCAAUUCAGCAAAUGGAAAACCAAAUCCUAACCAUCCAACAUAUUGAACUGUACCGAAAAUUUUCCAUGAACCCUAAGGCAAAACCUACGCAAAAACGUCACAAGAACUGCUGGAUAAUGAGGAAUUGAAUACGUUGUGGUCGAUAUUGGAAAAAUAUUGUGCACAAGUGACACCAAUGGGUCAGCAAUUGAUUAGUUACAACGACUACUUGAAAGUUGUGCAAGCUGCCACUGCCAAUGUCGCCUGUUUGCCAAAGUGCAAUGCCAUUCCGGUUACCCCCUAUUCAGUUCAGAGUUUCUAAGUUUGUACGGUGGUAUAGUCUUUUGAUGAAUGUCGUACCUUUGAUGGUGAAUACCUUCCUAGAUUUCGUUCUGUGUUUGCAUAAUCGUCAUGAACUACAAUCGUUACAUUAUUUGUUUCGCAUAUUAGAUGUCCAGCACAAUGGCUAUUUGACUGUCCAAACAUUACAUUAUUUCUUUAGUGGUAUUCUUGAACAAAUUCGGGCAUGUAAUGCUGUGGCGGUCAAUUUUGAAGAUUUAAAAUAUGAAAUAUUUGAUAUGGCAAAUCAAAGGAUCCGUAUAAAAUUACGCUGCAAGAUUUACUGAAUUGUAUGUUUUCAUUAGUGUCAUAUAAUUAUGGCGAGUUUUGUGUCGUAGACACAAAAAAAACCAAACCAUUUGACGGGGACGGAUAUAUUUUUAAAUACAAAGGCGGAUCCUAUCUGGGAACGAUAAUAGCAAAAAGCGACAACAAGGAAGAACUUUCUAAUUUAAAGAAUAUAAAAGAAGACGAAGCCAAAAGGCAAGAAACACAGCCAAAACAAAAGAAUACUUAUUCAUCACAAGCGAUGGAAACUGUAAGGGAUUCUAUACAAAAUAUGUCAUCGUCCAUAAAUAAUGAAAUGUUACAAAGCCUAAAAACUUUUAGCUUGGUUGCUUACGACACUGAUGAUUAUUUUGUUAUUAACUCAAAAACUAUAACACAACUCCAAGGCAGUGAUUGUGUUGUGAAAUAUAGAGGUGGUUUUUAUUCUGCAAAACUAAUUGCAUCUUAUGAUGACAAAAAGAAACUUCUGGAAUUAAAGCGAAUGAAAAGAAGACAAAGUCACUCAAAACAUGUAGACCAAAAGCCUACAUAUGAAGUAAAUAAAUGUAUACCAAAUUCUACAACAAAUGUCCAGAAGAGUUCAGAACCAGAAAUUAUAAAUGACAAUUCAAUGGAACUACAAAAUAAAAACCAUCACGAAACAUCGGGAGAAGAUUCAAAUUAUUCAUCAUAUCAUCCCCUUUCGGACGGACAAUACGCAAGAGGUGGAGCAGUGCUGAAAUUGAUUCCGUUAAAGGAACAUUUGGAGAUAUUUUGGCCUUGGAGAAGUUGCCUUCCAUAAAGCAAUGUGCAGCAGCUAUAGAAAAAAAUAUCUGCCUAUGUAAAAGAACACCGGCUCAAUUAAAAACAUGGAUAGACAACCAGCGAAAAAAAGUUGCCGUUCGAGGAAAUUAAACAAUUUGAUUUCCCCACUUUCAACACACAGUCACCGCCACAACAUUCCACGGACCCAGUGUUUUCUUACUUUUUUUAGUGAUAUAAGCUUUUCAUGCAUAUGAAAUACUCUUGCCCAUGUAUGGGAUAUGUUCACACACACGCACACACAAUUACAAUAAUUUUAUUUCAAAAUAUUUUUAUCAUGUUUUAUUAAUUCUAUGAAUGCUGUAAAAUUUUUAUUGACGAUUAAUUUAAAUUUAAAGCCUAUUCUUUAAUAAGUAUUGAAAACGUGUUUUUUUAUGAAUAAAAAUAUUCAUUAUUAAUUUA